AUGAGUGAAACCCCUGAUCAUGGUAUUGGGGCUGGUGAUAGAGAAACUUUUCAACAACAAACAAUAGAUCCAUGUAUCACAAAUAGGUCAGAAAAUAUUAACUUAUUACCUGUCAUUCAUCCAGAAGACAGUGUGUCUAACACGGGUAUGAAUAAUUCAAGCACCAACAUGACCUACCAAACUGUUGCCACUAGUGUUAAUACAGAUCCAGCAAAGUCAACAAUAUCAAUAAUGAUUUACAAAAGUAAACAAAAGGAAAUUGAAUUGGCAGCUAAAUCUGCAGCACUGAAAGAGAAGAAUAAGAUGGAAGCACAAAAGGCAGAAAUACAGAAACAGAUAGAAAUUGAAGAGGCUGAGGAAGAAUUGACUUUAGCUAGUGAAAGAUUACAGAGAAUGAAAACUAAACAAAACCUUAGGGAAAAGCAAGCUGAACUUGAAAGGAAACAGAGUGAGUUGGAAAAUGAUGCUAAUUUAGAAGCAACCAAAGCAAUUACAAGAGUUUUGUACCAAAAAGAAGACCCAGUUAUUAAUUUUAAAGAGCCUCUUAGUAUUGCAUCAUUUAUUCCCAAACAGACAACACAGUCAGUUAAAGAAAUACUAGAAAGGAAAAAGUAG